AUGAGUUGGAGAGGGGUAUUAGUGUUGUUAUUAUGCCUUGCGACGUUUGGAGAAUCAACCGAUAGGUUGGCGAGAUAUUGGUCCACCGACUUGAGUGCUGGAACUUCAUCACUCUACAGCUGGGCCGUCACGAGUGCUGCCAUAUUUGUGAUGGUGGCUCUCCUUCUAUCAAUGUACCUUAUCUUUGAACAUUUAGCUGCGUACAAUCAGCCAGAGGAGCAGAAAUUUUUAAUUGGACUCAUUCUUAUGGUGCCUGUCUAUGCAGUGGAAUCGUUUGUAUCUUUAUUGAAUUCUGAUGCUGCAUUCAACUGCGGAAUUAUAAGAGAUUGUUAUGAAGCGUUUGCAUUGUAUUGCUUUGAACGAUAUCUCAUAGCAUGCUUAGGUGGAGAGGAUAAUACCAUUGAGUUCAUGGAAAAACAGACAUUGGCCACGUCCAGCGUACCUCUUUUGGAUGAGACUUAUGCUUAUGGAGUUGUCGAACAUCCGUUUCCUUUGAACUGUUUUUUAAGGGAUUGGAAUCUUGGAUCCGACUUCUAUCAGGCCGUGAAAAUUGGCAUCGUUCAAUAUAUGAUAUUGAAAAUGAUAUGUGCCUUCCUGGCGAUGUUCUUUGAGUUUUUAGGUGUUUAUGGGGAUGGGAAGUUUGAAUGGAAUUACGCCUAUCCAUAUCUUGCAGUGGUUCUGAAUUUCAGCCAGACUUGGGCCUUAUAUUGCCUAGUGCAGUUCUAUUCCGUUACCAAGCAUAAGCUUGCACCAAUUAAACCUUUGGCCAAAUUUCUGACGUUUAAGUCUAUUGUAUUCCUGACAUGGUGGCAAGGUGUUGCUGUUGCCUUUCUUUUCUCUUUUGGAGCCUUAAAAGGAUCAUUGGCACUCGCUCUUAAAACACGCAUACAAGACUAUAUCAUCUGUAUUGAGAUGGGUAUUGCUGCUGUUGUACAUCUAUUUGUAUUCCCAGCGGCUCCUUACAAACGUGGGGAGAGAUGUGUGAGAAAUGUUGCUGUGAUGUCAGAUUAUGCAUCUUUAGGGACCCCACCAGAUCCGGACGAGGUUCAAGACUCCGAAAGAUUCACGAGGAUUCGAUUUUCCCGCCAUGAGGAGAGAGACCAACGCCCGAGGCUCCACCAAAGCGUUCGUGAUGUGGUCUUAGGAAGUGGGGAAAUUAUUGUGGAUGACAUGAAGUUCACGGUCUCGCACGUGGUAGAACCGGUCGAAAGAGGGCUAGCGAAAAUCAACAGAACUUUCCAUCAGAUAUCCGAAAACGUAAAGAAGUACGAGGAGAGAAAGAAGAAAUCCAAGGACGACAGCCAUCUCGUCCCUUUAAACUCGAGGACCAAAGAAUUUUCGGAGGUGCAUGACGAGCUCAUUGAAGGGAGCGCCAGUGACAGUGGUUUAUAUGAUGCGAAGAGAACGCAUCAUAAAGUUAAAGGGUCCUCUUCCCAGUUGAAAUACAGAUAA